AUGAUUGGUGAAAUAUCUUGGGAGUGUGUUUGUUGUCCCUUCAAAGACUCCCGUUCUUUGAAGAUGGAAAUGCGCUCAUCCGAUCCUGGAUCUUGCUGGACGGCGUUUUGGUCUUUCAUUCUUCCUGCGAAGAGACGAGUAUACAUUCAUACUGUUUGUAGGACUUGUAUUGAGGAGAGAGACUUUACUUUCCCAGAUGAGCAGUUAAGCGUCAUCUGGAAAGCCAGAGGACAAUUUUAUUUUGAGAAUCGAAGUUCUUGGGCGAGAACAAGCUGGAGGUACUGGUUGCCAAGCUCCGAAUGCCAGGCAAUCAACAAUUCGAUCGCGCAGAAUGGCAAGCUCGCUCUAUUGCUGUCUGUCAAUGCUUCUCUCUCUUGA